CCACGCGGGUGACUUCACGCGACUGAUUGAUCAAUUGGUUUUUGGUGGGGCUGCAACCCGAAACCCCAUCCGUGACCACUCUUCGGCCCCGAAGUCUCCAGCUCUCAUGUGCUUGACAUUUCCGCCCGGAAGUCCCGAAUCGCCGCGGAACUUUUAUUUUGACAACCCGGGAGAAGUGCCUCAGUCGAUUUCUAGCUGAUAACUAUCUAAUUUUUCACCUACACUUCCGUCUUUUGUCAACCUCGGCUCAGUCUAGGUCUAGAGCUAGUUCCAACUUCAAUACAACCUCUCGGUUUGGCAGUUGCAUCAACGGGCAUAGCGGCAUGAGCACGGCCUGUAGACACCGCGUCAUGUUGCUCGAUCAUCUUGCGUGUCCCUCUCGAGAUGCAGGUGCAGUCGGCACCCUUUAUUUUCCUUCUAAGAUUGAAUUAUAUUAUGUUCUCUUUAGAAUUUGCCCAGUGUGGCUGGUUGGUAGGCACUACACAAGUCCUGUGCGCCACAGGAUUGCUAUCCCAACUUACCCCGCCUCGCUCCUGGCCUCAUAAGCACGGUUACACGGAUGAUAGGUGGUUUCUUUUGACCGAGAUUACCUCUACCAAACUUUUGCUUUCACGGCCUCGAUCAGAUGGCAGGCCAAAUUAUUCUCUGGGGCAUUACUGAAAGCGUCAAGCGCGGUUUGCAAUUGCACGCCCAAGCGCACCUGCUCGGCGGUAUAUCAGAACUGACACCCUCGCAUGACCUUUAUUCUCAAACUAUUGCAUUUUCAGUUUCGUCCGCUGUUGGUAGACUGGGCUAGUCACACAUGACUUGUCGAUCCCCUCGCAGAUAUAUAACAUUUCGGCCGAAGGGCCUCCUCUCGCAGCCUGGCGUCUGAAACGGUCUCCUCUCAACAACCACCGACCACGAUGGGGUUCAGCCGAGAUACCCUGAUGCGCCUGCUGCUGGCAUCGGUCAUCAUUCCGCUGAGCCUGGCUCUGAUGCUUGAUACCCGUGUGUAUCGCAGACAGGACAGUGACGAAAACAGUUGGCAAAAGUUUGUGCGAGCAUCUCAGACCACAGUUAUUAAACCAAAGGAUGUUGUGAGCCGGCAAACUCAGGGAAAUGUGUCCCACCCCAAUGGACUGGUCAAGGGUGACGCUCCCACUGUGCUCACCCGGACACAAGCAAGCGGCAAGGCUUCCAUCAUUGUCGACUUUGGUCAAAAUACCGUGGGCCUGUUGUCCAUCCGGUUUGCUGGCGCUUCUGCCGUUACUUCGAACAGAAACACUCUCCCUGGUUUGAAACUGGCAUUCUCCGAGACGCUAGAGUUCUUGGGUGACAGAAGCGACUUCACCCGGUCUGACCACGCGAGUGGCGAUGCAAAACUUACCAACGGCACCGACCAGAUCGCCGUCAAGCAGCAGCCGUACGAAUGGUUGGCGCAGUCUGGAUGCGAACACGGCAGACAGGUAUGCGGCGAUGGCCUUCACGGCUUCCGAUACGUCAAGAUAACACUGGAAGCAUUUGAUAGUGACUCGCCAUACACCACUUCUUAUGGCACAGUGUCGAUCUCGUCCAUCGAGCUGCACCUGUCUGCUUUUCACGGCACGCCGGAUACUUUUACGGGAAAUUUUGAGUGUUCAGACAAAAGCAUUACUCAGUGGUGGUAUGAUGCUGUGUAUACCAAUGACCUCUGCAUUGACACCUUCCGUUUAAACGAUACGGAGCCCCGAGAUGCCGGCAGCCCGACUUUGGUUGGCAAGCUUGUCCUGCACGAUGGGGCUAAGCGUGAUCGGGACCCAUACGUGGGAGAUUUAGCCGUUGCUGCGCUGACAGCGUACAUUUCUCAUGAUGUCGCCUCGUCUGCCAAGAACGUACUGGCUGAUCUUGCAGCGCACCAACGCAACGACGGUUGGAUCCCUCCGGCCAGCAUCGGAAACUACAAUCUUCAGCUUUUUGAUUAUCCGCUAUGGUGGGUAGUAUGUAGCUGCGACUAUGCAGUCUAUACUGGCGAUCUAGAUUACCUCAGGUCGGUAUGGCCCAGCUUGGUCAAAGUCCUCGAUAAUUUCUACCCCAGCGUCACGAACUCAGAAACAAAUCUAGUCGAGCGAAGGGGUUAUGGAGACUACGCCUUCAUACCGCGCGAGGGUCCGGUGACUUAUUACAACGCUCUUUACGUCCGCGCUCUCAAAUACGCCGCAGAUCUUGCCGAGCAGAUUGGGCAAGAUCAAUAUGCUCCACGCUGGCGCGACAGGGCGACAGUGACUGGAGCAGCCCUGCUCAAACGCAACUGGGACUCUAGCGUGGGGGCGUUUUUUGACGGCGGCAGAUGUGGAUCGUCUCAGCUAUGCCCGUCUCACUCACAAGAUGGCAACAGCCUUGCGAUCCUGUCCGGCAUAGCAAACACCAGUACCGACUCAGGGAACUCGCGUAGCAGCGUUGCCGAGUCCAUUCUCUCCUAUCUUGAUAGCUCGCUGAAGAGGCCUUGGGGCAACGCCUUUUACGACAACGACCAGGUUAGCGACGGAUACUCGCAGCGGGUCUAUGCCUUCAUUUCGUACUUUGAGAUCGCCGCGAGGUUGGAGGUUCCUUCCACUCAGGAAUCCGCAUUCGACGAGAUACGCAGGCUGUACGGAACCAUGUCCGCCGGCGACCCGGGCGUGACGUUCUGGGAGGGCAUUGGUCCCGGCGGCAGCCCGUACCAGGGUGGCUUCACGUCCAUGUCACAUGGUUGGUCCACGGGCAUCGUGCCGCUGAUGACCAACUACGUGCUCGGGAUUACGGCCAAGAAGAUCGGUUUUGAGCAGUGGGAAGUCAAACCUGUUGUUGCGGGAGAGCUGACGUGGGCCCGGGGCGCCAUGCCGACGCCACGUGGCGCCAUUCGGGUGUCGUGGACGGCUGGGCAGAACGGGGCCGCGUUGGAGCUCGACGUGGAUGCGCCCGAGGGAACUAGCGGUGUCAUCGGUGUUCCCGUGUCGAGCAAAGAAGCCCGUGUUAGCAUGGGUGGCGCUGUGAUCUACGACGGAGCAGCAGGAACAGCGCAGAGCGGGGCUACCUUUAAAGACGGACGAGUGUCUGUUAACGUUGGCGCCGGCAAGCAUCAACUGAGCGUGGCUAAAGCAGCGUGAGUUGGACUUAUCUUAUACUGGAAAUUAUGGUAAGUAUAGACCAUGCGUUGUGCCCUUUGAAAAAUCAUGGCCCAUGAUCCUUGCAGGGUCAUCGGGAGACUUUGCAUUACUAGUUCUAGUAUCAUACCGAAUAUAUUAAUAUGGAGCAUGGUAUCAAGUGGA